AGUAUGGCGCCUAAUGUGAAGUGGAUAAAUUUUGGGAAGAAAUAAUAAGUUAUUUGGAUGUGCCCUUAAAAUUGAUAUCGAAAUCGGAAACGGGAAGAUGGGCUUACGCGUAGCUAAUGUGCUUAGAGCAGUGGACGCAAGAACUCGCAGUCCGCUGAGCCUGAGACUCUCGAUACACGGCCUUAUAUAUAGUCUCAGGCUUUUCCCGGUGCCACAUCACUAGCAUAUGAAGAUGCCCUUGAAAAAGUGAUUAUUCCUAAUAAGGAUGGAGUAUUUAGAAUUCCAGAAGAUGGAUGGGACAAAAGAGGAAGAAAAUAUUUUGUAGUUGAAGGUAAAGAAGGAGAGCCUACACGAGAUGAAAGAAUAAAAGAUAUAAUGAAAAAAAUUAGAGAACAAAAAUCACAUCCCCAACCACAAAAGAGAAAGAUUGAAACAAAAACCUUCAAUGAAAAGUACACAAGAACUAGGAAACCAAAAAUUCGAGUAGGAUGGCGCCACUUCAAAAAUGACAGCUUCAAACAAGUAUUUUUUAAAGAUGGAGGGGGUGUCCGUGAAGUUUCCUUGCCAUCGCUUGAGCUUGAAGUAGAUGAUGUCAUUCCACUUGCAAAAGAAGUUUUUUUUCCUAAAGGGGAGUGUAAAUAUGGUAACAUUAGUCAGAUGGAAGUAUGCUUAGGGGACUAUGCAGGAGAACAAUUGAGGAGUUUUGAAAUUCAGGGAGAUGACAAACAGGAAGAUGAUAAACAAUUUCUCGGAAAGUACUUAAAAGCCCAAGGACUCCAUCUUUCAAGAUGCACAUUUUACUUGAUGACGAAGGAAAAGAAUUCAUCAACCAAGAAGACUUCAACUAAUGAUCGGGAAAGUUCAUCUUCAAAACAUCUUGGCAUCAUUGACAACCAGAAAAGAAGAAAAGUAGAUGGGUCCAGUGAGCAUCAGCUUGUACCAAUUAAUUCUGCUGGCAUUGUCUGUGAAAAACAAAUCAUAAAUAUUCAGUAUGUGCAAGAAAGUUCCUCCAAGUAUGACAGUGAAAAAAGCUCAAUAAAAUGUCAUUCAAUUUCACAGUGCCAAAAUAUUACAUCUUUUACUGAAUAUGUGGAUGAUGAUGACAACUACAAUCCUUGUUUUUAUGGAUUUUUCAUUAGCAGAAUCAGAAUAGGUCAGAAGUGUUUUUUAGAUUGCACAUUUGAAAGACACAAUGGGAUAUUGGAAAAGGACAUUAAAUUCCCUUCAUCCAACAAUACUGUAGAAGGCAUCAUUCUCCAUGAGCCAAUUGAGAUCUGGGGCUAUGAUGGAGAUAAAUUUGUGCUAGGAAUUGUAGCUGCCCCUAAAGAAAAUGCCAGUUUUGAGUGGUUUAAAGACAACAUACCAGUAAGUAACGGGGAAAGCUGUAUAUACAUUGUGACAGAACCUGGGAUGUAUUCAUGCCAAGUGUCAUAUAUGGAUGUAAAACAGAUGUCAAAACCUAUCCAAAUAGUUGAAGUCUCGGAAUGUGCAAAACCUAUCCAAAAGAUUGAGGUCUCGGAAUGUGCAAAACCUAUCCAAAAGACUGAGGUCUCGGAAUGUGCAAAACCUAUCCAAAAGACUGAGGUCUCGGAAUGUGCAAAACCUAUCCCAAAGGUUGAGGUCUCGGAAUGUGCAAAACCUAUCCAAAAGAUUGAGGUCUCGGAAUGUGCCAAUGAAGGCAAACUUGUUUCUGCAGAAACAAAUGUAUCACUGCCUAAGCCUACUUCAUGUUUUGCUGCUCCAGAGGUGAAGGUAGAGGAUUUGAAUAUAGACUAUUCUACAGCUUUAGGGUCCGGGGCAUUUGGGACAGUCUAUAAAGGAACAUGGGCAGGAUCGGUUGUGGCUGUAAAAGCACUUACAUUGACCAAAAGAAAUCGCAACUCGAUGAUUGAAAUGGUGGAAAAAGAAAUUCACAUUAGUUCAAAGAUUCGUCAUCCAAACAUUGUUCUAUUUCUUGCUGUAGCUAGAGCACCAGCUACAGUUUAUCUUGUUCAUGAAUAUAUUGAUGGGUGUAAUAUGGAAGAUGCUAUUUUUGAUCAGGAAACAAAGCAGCUAAUGGACAUUAAACCUGAGCACAAAUUGUUUAUUCUUCGUCAGUGUGUACAGGGUGUGGCAUAUUUGCAUGCGCUGGUUCCUGCUGUUAUUCACCAAGACAUAAAACCUAGCAACAUCAUGAUAAAAAAGGUCUGCCAUACAACCAAGCUUUGUGAUCUAGGAGUUAGCCGCAUCAAAUCAGUUAGAGCUGCCAGUAUGUGUACAACUCAAAUGGGAACUGCCUUUGGAACACCUUCUUAUAUGGCUCCAGAGUGUUUACUUCAUAAUGAAAAAACUUGCACUCAAUCCGACAUUUGGUCACUUGGUGUCACCUUAAUUGAAUUUGCUAUGGAGCAGGAUGCAUGGGAAGUUGAUGCGGAACUAGAUGCAGUUGAUGCCGUUAGAAGAAAAAUGGGGGGGAAAAUCCUCCCUAUUCCAAAUUCUGAUGCAAUCGGUGUGCCAAACGUAGUGAUGGGUGUUUUGAAAAGAUGUAUAAGUUAUGAAAAGAUCUUGCGCCCAACAGCAGAGGAGAUGUUACAAUUAUUUUCAGGCUAAAUUUUAAACAUUAGGUAACCAGGAAAAAAGGAAAAGAACAAAAAUCAGUUUGUUUCAAUGAGUUUGUUUGUUGCAGAGGCAGGGGGUUAAGUUGUAACCAUUUUUGAUCAGAGGGUGUAUAUGUCAGUGUGUCUUGGACUUCUCUUCAGAACCAGGAGACCCAUGUAAGCAAGGUUUUUUUUCCAAGUUAAGGGCCACACCUUUUUUUUCAAGUUCAGAUGAUUUAGAAAUGGGUAUGAUUUGGUGGGUUCUUUUAAAUAUCUUGACAAUCAUUGGGCCAAACAGUAUUCUUAAGAAAUGCAAAUUUAUAUUUUUCUAAAAAAAAAAAUAAAAAAAGGGUAAAGGUGAACCUGUGGGCAUUAAUUUUGGCACAUGGCCUGUUGUUUUAUAUAUGAACAAAUAUUUUAUGAGACUUGCAUAAAACAAAAACUAUGAUGAUCCUUGACUAUCCAUUGUCGUGCAUUGUUUAUUAUCUUUAAACAGUUAACGUCUUACCCAGAUUUUUUUUUUAAUCAAAUUUUGCAUUUUCUACUGGUAAAGGAUCAAAUAUAUCAUACUGACUGGAUAUUUUUAUGCUUAUAAUAUUUUUAUAGUAAAAAAAAAAAGCUUGUAUAUGUACAGUGUACCAGUAAAACCAGUAAAUAACAAAUCCUUUUAUUGUACUUUAAAAGAUGAAGAUAGGUUUUUAUCACUUUGAUAUUUACAUGUAUGCACCCCUUUGAAGAAGGGAGGGCAUUAUAAUUGCUUUGCUGCUGUCUGUUAAUCUGUCUGUAUGUUGGUCCAACACAGUCUUUGCAGAGGUUGCACUAAUUGAAAUGAAAUUUGGUAUACAUAUUUAUCGAAAUAUGUAGGUCAAGUUCUGAUUUUGGUAUGAUCGAACAAUUUUUGACAGAGUUAUGCCCCUUGUACUUCAAAAAACUUCCAUUUAUUUGCAGUUUCCGUUCAUUUUAUUUGCAGAGGUUACACAAACUGAAAUGAAAUUUUGUAUACAGAUUAUAUGAAUAUCAAGGUCAAGUUCUGUUUUGGUAACGGUUAUGUAGAGUGAUGCCCCUUGAAAAAUGCAGUGUCUAAAGGGGUAGGGGGCAUAAAUGUUUCACGAAUAUCUUUUGUGGAAGAGGUUUUUAUUUUCACUAUUAUGAUUUUCUUAAUCAUCUUUUCCCUUCGAAUGACCUUUUGCUAUUUGUUCAAUGCUGGCCUGCAUUGUUAAUAAAUUUUUAACAUUUUCAUCUUUUAUUUUUAUCUCAUUUGCUGGAACAGUUUCUUCAUUAAUUGUAUAUAACAUCCAAAGACAACAUGAAACAAAACUUGUGAAAUGUGUGAUUUGUGCUUACAUGAACUAGUAAAUUGAUAAAAUAUCAAACUAACAGAGACAGAGCUUGUUCCCUUUUUACAAAGAUAGCUCUUGGACUAGGUGUUUGACAUGAUGUUGUAAAGGAUGUUGUUGUAAUUGAGAAUUUUCUUGUAAGUUUAAAUAAUUGACGAAACUUAUUUUUUUUUUUUACAUGUAGCUCAAGUGAACUUUUCUGAUCAUCUGUUGUCUGUCUGUCCUUCUGUAAACUUUUCACAUUUUCAACUUCUUUUCAAGAAACACUGGGCCAAUUUUUAAAAAAAAAGUUAAGUACUUAACUUACAAUGUAGUACAAAGAAUGCUUGGUGGAAGGGAGUUUAAGUUGUUAAAAAAUGAAGGGCCUAGUCCCUUUACAAUGGGAGAUUAAGAUUCUUCUUAAGAACCACUGGGUUAAAAAAGCUAAAACUUUGGGGUAAGGCCACAGUAGGGAAUCGUCGAAGUUUAACAUUAUAAUAUAAGAGGGAAAAUCUUUUUCACAAGAACAACUGAGCCAGAAAAUCUUACACUUAUGUGGAAGCAUUUUUGGGUAGUGAAGAUAUUACA